CCCCAUGGGAGCAGCCCAGCCUGCGGGUGGUACGCCGCCAUUGGCGUCCCGCAACCCCGCCGUCCGACGGGCGCAGGCCCGGGUAUCGCGCCCCGCCGACCCGGCCAUGGCACACGCCGCAGUCGUCGGCGAGGUGACCCAGGUGCUGUGCGCGGCCGGGGGCGGCUUGGAACUGCAGGAGCUGAAGCGCCGGCUGCGGAAUGGCGUCGGUACGGACGCGCUGGAGCGGCUGCUGCUGGAGAGCGGACGCUUCGCGGUGGUGCAGAGGCCGGCCGCGGGAGGCGAGGCGGCGGUGGCCGAGCGGGUGGUGCUGGCCGCCUCGGCGCUGCGCUUGUGCCGCGCCCACCAGGGCAUCAAGGCAAGCUGUUCGGGGCUCUGUGCGCAGCUGCACCUCUGCAAGUUCUUGGUAUAUGGGGCCUGUAAAUUCCAGAAGGCCGGGAAAAGCUGUAGGAAUGAUCACAGCUUGAAGACCAGUCACAACGUGGGUGUGCUCAGAACUCAUGGUGUUGACCACCUCAGCUAUGGUGAGCUCUGCCAGCUCUUGUUUCAGAAUGAUGACUGGCUUUUGCCUGAGAUCUGCAUGCAUUACAACAAAGGAGAUGGACCCUAUGGCUCCUGUUCCUAUAAAAAGCAAUGUAUCAAACUUCACACCUGCCAGUACUUUUUACAGGGUGAAUGCAAGUUUGGCACUAGCUGUAAGAGAUCCCAUGAUUUCUUGAAUUCUGAGAACCUGGAAAAAUUUAAGAAACUGGGCAUGAGUUCAGACCUUUUGAGCAGACUGCCUUCCAUUUACAGAAAUGCUCAUGACAUCAAGAAUAAGAGCUCUGCCCCGAGCAGAGUGCCCGUUCCUCUUCCAGGUCCACAGCGGAUUUCUGGAAGAAGAGACAGUUCAGGUUCUGUGUCCUCAGACACUACCAGCCAAGAAGAGAGUGAUGAGAUCUGCUUGUACCAUAUUUGGAAAAGUUGUAGCUUUCAAGAUAAGUGCAAUAAAGUUCAUUUUCAUUUGCCAUAUCGAUGGCAAUUCUUGGAUGGAAGUGAGUGGAAGGAUUUGGAUAAAAUGGAGCUUAUUGAAGAGGCAUAUAGCAAUCCUAGAAAAAACAGGAUCCUUUGUGCUCAGUCAGCCAAGAAACUGCACUUUGAUUGUCUGAGCUUUGACUCCAUGACGUAUGGUACUGCCCGGGCUCGCCGCCUCUCCACAGCCUCCUCAGUAACCAAACCUCCACACUUCAUCCUCACAACCGAAUGGAUUUGGUACUGGACUGAUGAGCUUGGUUCUUGGCAGGAAUAUGGAAACCAAGGCAUGGCACACCCCGUGACCAUCAGCAGCAGUGACUUGGAGAAGGCCUACCUGGCAUACCGCACACCAGGGUCUGAUGCCCAGGCAGCGAUGCUGAAGUUCAAAGCUGGAAAGCACGAAUAUGAGUUAGACUUCAAAGCCUUUGUUCAGAAAAACCUGCUCUUUGGCGCGAUCAGAAAGGUUUGCCGGAGACCCAAAUACGUGUCUCCACAGGAUGUGAAGGUGCAACAGACCUGCAGUGUCAAAUUUCAAGGCCCAAAGAGCAUCCCAGACUAUUGGGACCCUUCUGCCCUGCCAGACCCGGGAUUUGAGAGGAUCGCCCUCAGUUCUUCCUCAGAAGAGUAUCAAAAGGUCUGGAACCUCUUUAACCAUACGCUGCCUUUCUACUAUGUUCAGAAGAUUGAGCGAGUCCAGAACCUGGCCCUCUGGGAAGUCUACCAGUGGCAGAAAGGACAGAUGCAGAAGAGGAACGGUGGGAAGGUAGUGGAUGAGAGGCAGCUGUUUCAUGGCACCAGCGCGUGUUUCAUCGAUGCCAUCUGCCAGCAGAACUUUGACUGGCGCAUCUGUGGUCUUCAUAGCACUUCUUAUGGCAAAGGAAGCUACUUCGCCCGAGAUGCUGCAUACUCCCACCACUACAGCACAUCCGACACACAGACCCACCUCAUGUUCCUGGCUCGGGUGCUGGUGGGUGAGUUCGUUAGAGGCAACGCCUCCUUCGUCCGUCCUCCAGCCAAAGAAGGCCAGAGCAAUGUCUUUUACGACAGCUGUGUCAACAGUGCCUCCGAGCCUUCCAUCUUCGUGGUCUUUGAAAAACACCAGGUUUACCCGGAGUAUCUCAUCCAGUACACGACCUCUAAGCCUCUGUCAGGAGCUUCCAUCUUGUUCUCCUUAGCAUCCUUCUUUGGCAGCCGGCAGUGAGCGAGCUCUCAAGGUGUUUUUAUGCCUUUCAGGCUUAUCUUCCUUGAAAUGGGUGUUUGGAAAGGUGCUUUUUUUUUUUUUAACAAAACAGCUUUUAAUGAACUGUUUAAUGUUGACUUCUCAAUGAAGUUAUGUUCUUAAUCUCUUGAUGAUGAUAGUUUUCACUUUUAUGUCUCACAUUUGGGCUCACUAGAGGACUAAUUGGUGGGCAUGUGGAUUAAGGUGAGCCCAUUUUUUGCUUUUUAAUAGUAUGUUGAAAUUGUAUUUUUUUUACUUUCUUUGUUGACUUUGCUGCUUAUAGGCACCAGGCACAGAGUUUCUAGAAACUGUUUUAUGGAUUUGUUUUAAGAUUUUCUCUCUCUACCAGGGAUUUGGAUUUUCAGGCCCCCAGUGGCACCUGCUGUACUUUUUGUCAGAAUGACCCAGUAGCUAUUGGUAUCUGAAAGCCUGGACUGGGCCUACAGAAGCCUAGUCACUUCUGUCUGCUGCUCUCACAUUAACCCAGGCAGGCCUUUUGCUGCUUUUCCCAGGCUUCUGGCAUUAGAAUUGGCCUGUAUCAUCACAUUGUCAGAGCAAGUGGCUACCAUGUGGUGUCAUUGCAGCCCUACUGGUUUCCCUUUGUCCCAGUGGGGGCCAGCUGUCAAUCUGAGGAAGUAGCUUACCCUGGCAGGUGACGUGAAUGUGCGCCUCCUCCCAGGACCCCUGGCCUUGGGCAUGCACAUGUGUGUACCCAUAUACUCUGAGCAUACUAGGCACACUCCAAGUGUGGGUUUUAUGUCCCCAUGAGAUUUGAAUAUCUGUGCUGCAAAUGUCACAAAGGAGUAUGGAAAUAAAAGAAUACUUAUCAAAAGUG